GGAUGGGAGGGGAAGGGAUGGGAUGGAGCGAUCCCAGAACGCACCGGGGCUGCCCGCGCAUGAACCCCGGCCCCGCCCGGCCUCUGAGGGGUGGGACCUGGUGGCGGCGCGAUGAGGAGGCGGGUGGGGUCGAGGACUGAAUUCCUAUAAAAAAUGGUGGUGCAGAUCUGACCUAUGGUAACACCUUGAAAGAGUAUGAAUAUUUCAGCAAACUGCCUCUUCAGUGGUUCCUCAUUAGCAUCUGAAGUGCAUGCUGCUGCUGUUAAUGGAGAUAAGAAUGCCCUCCAAAAGCUAAUAGCAGGCAACUCUGAGCUGAAAGAUAAAGAAGACCAGUUUGGAAGAACUCCGCUUAUGUACUGUGUAUUGGCUGACAGGCUGGACUGUGCAGAGGCACUGCUGAAGGCUGGAGCUGAUGUUAAUAGAGCUGAUCGUAGCAGAAGAACCGCUCUCCAUCUUGCUGCUCAAAAGGGAAAUUACCGCUUCAUGAAGCUUUUACUGGCUCGUAGAGGGAACUGGAUGCAGAAGGAUUUAGAGGAUAUGACACCAUUACAUUUAACUACACGUCACAAAAGCCCAAAAUGUUUAGCUUUGUUGCUAAAGCAUAUGGCACCUGGAGAAGUGGAUACCCAGGACAGAAACAAGCAAACUGCACUGCAUUGGAGUGCCUACUACAAUAACCCUGAGCAUGUGAAACUUCUCAUAAAACAUGAUUCAAAUAUUGGAAUCCCUGAUAUUGAAGGAAAAAUCCCACUUCACUGGGCAGCGAACAACAAGGACCCUAGUGCAAUUCACACAGUGAAGUGUAUUCUGGAAGCUGCACCUACAGAAUCUCUGCUUAACUGGCAAGAUUAUGAAGGACGAACUCCUCUUCAUUUUGCUGUUGCUGAUGGGAAUGUAGCAGUUGUUGAUGUCCUGACCUCUUACGAAGGCUGCAAUGUGACAUCUUAUGACAACUUGUUUCGAACUCCCCUUCACUGGGCAGCCUUACUUGGUCAUGCACAGAUUGUCCAUCUCUUAUUAGAAAGAAAUAAGUUUGGAACUAUCCCAUCUGAUAGUCAAGGUGCAACACCCCUACAUUAUGCAGCACAGAGCAACUUUGCUGAAACAGUUGAAGUAUUUUUGAAACAUCCUUCUGUAAAAGAUGACUCAGAUCUUGAGGGAAGAACAUCCUUCAUGUGGGCAGCUGGCAAAGGCAGUGAUGAUGUCAUUAGGACUAUGCUGACUUUAAAAUUGGAUAUUGAUAUCAAUAUGACAGACAAAUAUGCUGGCACAGCCUUACAUGCUGCUGCCCUUUCUGGCCAUGUCAGCACAGUGAAAUUGCUGUUGGAACAUAACGCACAGGUGGAUGCUUUGGAUGUCAUGAAACACACUCCGCUUUUCCGAGCCUGUGAGAUGGGACACAAAGAAGUGAUACAAACACUCAUUAGAGGAGGAGCAAGAGUAGAUUUGGUUGACCAAGAUGGCCAUUCGCCCCUUCACUGGGCAGCCCUGGGAGGAAAUGCUGAUGUGUGCCAAAUCUUGAUAGAAAAUAAAAUCAACCCUAACGUACAGGAUUAUGCAGGUAGAACACCUCUGCAGUGUGCUGCUUACGGAGGCUACAUUAACUGCAUGGUAGUCUUGCUGGAAAACAACGCAGAUCCAAAUAUUCAGGAUAAAGAGGGAAGAACUGCUUUGCACUGGCUCUGUAACAAUGGCUACCUUGAUGCUAUAAAGUUGCUGCUUGGUUUUGAUGCUUUCCCUAAUCAUAUGGAGAACAGCGAGGAGAGAUACACUCCACUUGAUUAUGCCUUGCUUGGUGAACACCAUGAAGUGAUUCAGUUCAUGUUAGAACAUGGGGCUCUGUCUAUAGCUGCCAUACAGGACAUUGCUGCUUUCAAAAUUCAAGCUGUCUACAAAGGAUACAAAGUUAGAAAGGCUUUUCAAGAGAGGAAGAAUCUUCUAAUGAAACAUGAACAGCUGAGAAAAGAUGCUGCUGCCAAGAAACGUGAAGAGGAAAGUAAAAGAAAAGAGGCCAAGCUACAGAAUGGGAUGCAGAACGUGGAAGAAAACAGGCUUCGAGUACAACAGAAUGCUGUAAAUCGAGAGGAGACUACCAGCAACUCACAGUUACCUAACAAACCCAUUGAUACACAGAGUAAGAGAUCUCUGUCCCUCAGUGGUUCACAAAUUCAACUAGGGAGAAACAGUAGAGGUUCACCUAAAGCUUGUCACAACAAAGGAACACCAAAGGAGAGUUGCCUGUCAGCCAAACCUCAGAGUGAAGGUCAUAAAAUCAGGAAAGAUUCACUGAGGAAACACACCAAAAGCAAGUCAAGUUGUGUCCAUUUCCAUUGUGACAAAGCAAAAGAGGAAACAAAAGUUGAAGUGAAACAUCAGGUCACAGCUGCUACAGAACUGGAUGGAGAAAAGCACAAAUUGCACACUGUUGACACAACGGGUGCUUGUGUUCGGAGGAGCAGAAGGCAUACUGCUGCUGCUUGUAGGACUGCCAGUGUUGGGGAAAAGCUAAGAGAUCAAAGUCAGCCUGCAUCUGGCAGCAGGGACCAUUGUGAAGGAACGGCUGUGUUCUUCUGCAAUGUCAGCUGUACUGGUGGAGUUGCGAGAAACUCGAAGCAAUGUGAAGCUUCUUCCAAAAGCAAAAGGCAUCAGCAGAAAUGCAGAAAUAAAGAGGUAAAUGAUGAACGAUGUUCACCAGCUGGCUCUAGUAGACCAGGAAGUGCCAAAACAGUAUUUGUAAACACCAGAAAUGACAGUGUGCAUGCUGUAGAACAAACUAUGGGAAAUAACGAGUUAGCAAAAAAGGCCUCCCCUUUAUUGUCUGCUAAGGCAGAACGUAUGGGAGCUGUGCCAAGAAACCCAGCAGCGUGUUCUGCUCCUGAUGACAGUUUGAUCUUGGAAAAUACAGGCAUAAUUGGAUCCAGGAAUGCAGAUGAUCAAUCAUGUUCUGUCGCAUGGCAAAGUACAAAUAUUGAACUGAUCCCUUUAGAGAUUCGAAUGCAGAUUAUAGAAAAAGAAAGAAAAAGAAAAGAGCUGUUUCGGAAGAAGAACUAUGCUGCUACAGUCAUCCAGAGGACAUGGAGAAGUUACCAGCUAAGACAGGAGUUGUUCCAGCUUCUUAGUGCUAAUCGGCAGUGCAAAGAAGAUGAAGACAAAUGGAGACAAGAGACAGCUGCCUUCUUCAUUCGGGUUGCCUGGAAGAAACAGCUGAACCAUAGCCUUCUGAAAUCAGCUCCUUCAUGUAAAAACCUGAAACCUGUAAAUAAAACCGGCUCGGCCAUAAAACCCAGCAAGCAGUCCAUCCUGAAGCAGAUAUAUGGACGUUCUCAGGAAGGCAAAGCGUAUCAGCCAACACGACCUCCUUCCAAGCUGAAGCUUUCUGAUGUACAGCUGGUCUCAGAAGGUACAGCUGGGAAGGUGAAGACUGGCUGUCAGUCCUGGUUUGAAUGUUCAUAUAGCUAGUGGGAAAAGUGCCGCGACACAUAUGUAACAGGGACAGACACCAGACACCAAACUCCAUGACCUUUCUGGCAUAAGCAGACCCAGCACUUUGGAGGGGAGGACAUGCAGAAGGUGCACAAAGGAAAUGUACAAAUAAGUCGGGGUGGGGGGGGGGGGGGGCGGCAGAAGGAGACAAGCAGAAAAGGGCUGUGCAAAUAGGGACAGAAUUGUUACAAUUAGCUUGUUUUGGACCCUGAAAGUUGUUCCUUUUUAAACAUCAUUUUAUUAAAUCGGUGCCUUUUGUCAGUUCAGUAAAUGGCAUUUAAAGAAGUGCUCUGCAGCAGGCCAGACAGCUGUGUCUAGGGUUUUUUUUUGUUUCACUGUGAACAUUAAAGUGUGUGUAGAGUUGUAAAGGAGGAGGCUUUGCAAUUCUCUGCAUCAGAAAGAUGUUCUUAGAGCGUGCUGGGCGCGCCCCUCACUGAAACGCUCAGAUUUGCACUUUGGCGGGACCCUGACUGGAAAGGGAUAAAGCACCAAAAUGUUUGCAUCCCACCUCCACAAAACUGGGGAAGGAGAACACACACAGUAUUACGCACAUUAAAUGAAAACACUGAGUGAGUCCAGAUAUUCAGCCAGGAUCAGAACUGAAGAGAAGGGUCAGCUAGCAUUCAUUUUUGGUUCUAGUAAUUCAGAGCUUUAGCCCUAGACCAAUUUCCCAUACCUUCUAGAAAUGACCCAGGACCUAAUGUGGUUAAAUACUGCUCAACAAAAAAAAUCCCUUGCUGCUCUUCAGCAAGCUCAGCCACGAGCAUUGUGUUAGUGACUGAGCCAUCAGCCAGGAAACCCUCCUUCAUUUAUGCGGGUAAAUCUCAUGUUGCUUUCAGUUAUUAUAGGCUGCUCUGAACACCCGCAGUAGGAUUCUACGUAAGCUGUACCAAGCGCCACAGAAAAUAAACUCCACUUACAGAUAAUCAACAGCAA